ACGGAACACAACCACACAUCCACGAGACACAAUUCCGAGCUCUUCCGACUGACUGAAUCCAUCUCCCAUCUCCUCCAUCGUUCCGCGGAUCGCACAGACACACCAGCUCUCGUCGAGCAGCCCAUACCGGACUAGCUAGCUGCCUGGCUAGCCCCGUGCCGAUGGUUUCCUCGAUGAAGCACUGCAGAGAUCAGGCCCAGGAGGAGCCCUUGUCCCUCUCGCUCUCCCUCGGCGCCAUGGCCGACCGCACCAAGAAGCAGCGCCGCGGCGUCGCUGCCGGCGAGUUCGUGUGCAAGACGUGCAGCCGCGCCUUCCCGUCGUUCCAGGCGCUGGGCGGCCACCGGACCAGCCACCUGCGCGGCCACAACGGGCUCGCGCUUGGCCUCGCUGCCGGGUCUGAUCAGCCGGGGACCAAGAAGACCACGGACCAGAAGCAGGCGCACCAGUGCCACGUCUGCGGGCUGGAGUUCGAGAUGGGCCAGGCGCUCGGCGGCCACAUGCGCCGGCACCGCGAGCAGGAGGCCGCCACCACGGCGCAGGCGCCGCCCGUUCUGCUCCAGCUCUUCGUCUAGCACUGCAUCACCGAUUUCUCUCAAGUUCAAUAGCGAGGCAUAUCUAGUUCAAGUCCAGAUUUACAGGAUCACCUAUGUGCACGAUUUGGUUUGUACAUUUGCUGCACAAUAGCUGGUCUGCUCGCUCAUGUUAUUACGUAUAUAUGUGUACAUAUUUUAGGACUCAUUCAUUCGUUCAUUACUGUUUACUGGUAUUAUCUAUACUUUAUUGAUUCAUACAUUUAUUUUGUUCUACUUGAAUCGACUACGAGUUGAGUUAAUCCA